AUGGUCAAUCUAUCUAGCAUAACACCAUCUACAAGCAGCAGAUAUGAUACGGGUGAUAAUGCUUGGAUGAUGACGUCAACAGCAUUGGUGUUUAUGAUGACACCAGCACUAGCCUUUUUCUACGGCGGUAUGGUUGACAAAAAAAAUAUAUUGAAUCAAUUAUUUCUAUCAAUAAUAUGCAUGGGAGUCGUCAUUUCUCAAUGGGUCUUAUUUGGAUUUUCAUUCGCCUUUGGACCAGCUGUUAGCAAAGGAUUUGGUUCGUUCGGUUGGGCAGCUUUAAGAUUAGGUGAACUUUACAAUCCAAAUUAUUCUCCGACCUAUCCACUUUUAACAUUUUGUGCGUUUCAAUUGAUUCAUAUUUCGAGUGGUGCAAGUGGAUUUGUUGCUUCGGCAGUAUUGGGUCGUCGUAUAGAUCGGGCUACCAAAGAUAUCGGUAAUAAUUUGCCGUUUAGUAUAUUGGGUGCAAGUUUAUUGUGGGUUGGAUGGAAUGGUUUUAAUGCUGGAUCAGCUAACGCUGCAAGUGGUGUCGCUGCUUUAGCGCUGAUAAAUACCAACGCAGCUGCGGCAGCUGCCUUGGUAACAUGGGUGAUAUUAGAUGCAGUUCGAGGCUCAGUUACAAUUACUGGCACUUGUAUUGCCCCCGUAGUAGGUCUCGUCGCUAUUACACCCGCUUGUGGUUAUGUACAGCCGGGAUGGGCUCUUUUGAUAGGAAUAAUAAGUGCUGUAUGCGUUUAUGUGGCAAUGCUGUUCAAGAAAUAUUUAAGGGUCGAUGAUGCUCUGGAUGUUGCCAUUUGUCAUGGAUUAGGAGGAACGGUAGGUGCAUUUUGCACGGGUUUAUUCACACAACUGGAUGUAAAUCCAAGUGGAGGAGCCAACGGUGCGUUUUAUGGACGACCUGUUCAGUUGUGGUACCAAAUAGCUGGAAUAUUAACAGCCGUAGCUUUUUCUGCUGUGUGUACAGCAUUAAUAUUAAUACCAAUGAACGUACUGUGGAAUCUAUUUGGUUCAUAUAUUCGAGUAUCGAUUGAAGAUGAAAUAACCGGAUUAGAUGCUGCAGCCCAUGGUGAAAGUUGGUUGACAGCCGUUGACAGUUCGGGAGAAAAGGAAGGUGGUGAAGUUGCAAGCCAUUACAAUGCCAAGAAAGCUGAAAAAGUCAUCAAACUGGAAAAAUCAGAUUUGAUGGGUUUAUACUUAGAAGGUGCAUAUUUAAAUAUAAAUGAUGCUGUUAAAUUACUAAUUCAUAGUGAUCCAUCUAUAAUUAAUAACGCAUCGAAUGAAACUAUACAAAUCAAGCAUAAUAUGGAUGGUACAACAAUAGGAACAACUACAAAUAUUCUAAUGUCAACCAUCGCUUGCAUUGAAUCUGGUCCUAACAAACAAUCAGCACUGAAUGUUAUUCCAUUAGGACAAUUCAAAUUUAACAAAGAAAGCCGUUGUGAAAUAGACCGUGUUAUACCGGACGAAUUUAUUAACAUGAUGGAGAAAAAGUUAUUAUGUUUAAAAAAUCUAAAACUCGAACUGGAUGUGCACAUGUCCAUUGAUAUGAAAAUGAUGUGGCAAGUGAUGCGAUUGUAUGGUAUUACAGGACAAAACAAACACAAAUGUUCUCAUUGCACAGCUUCAAAUAUGGCCGAAUUGGGAAAGUAUUCAGCAUUUGAUCCAUCCAAAGGUGCUCGUACAUUAGAUCAACAAUAUGAAGAGCUUGUAAAAUCUAAACCACGUUUCGGAUACCAGCACCAACCUAUCUUUCACAGAAAGCUUGAUUACAAGAAAAUGAAAUUACGAAUAGCCGAUGUAUUACUGGCAGAAAUUAUAUCACUGAUAAGUACAACGACUACAUUAGCUGAACGUAACCAACAUCUUCAGAAUGUCUUGACCUUCUUGAGACAACGAGCUAAAGACAAAUCACAAAUUUACAUUAACAAAAAGAAUGAAAUUGAAGCUCCCGGUCGGUUAAAUGUUAACAUGCACGAACGUUUUUUACGUGAUAUUCCAUUAUAUGCUAUUAUGAACGAUAAUCACAAAGCUUUUUUCAUUAAAAAAUUAUGUGGUGACCUUUUUGAUAUUAUGAAUUUGUAUAAUAUUAGUUGCAUAUAUCAGCAUGUUAAGAAAGAAUCGAUUAAUUGGUGCGAAAGAUAUAAAAAUUUAUUUGGAGCCGAUGCUGUCACUAUAUACAGUCAUGUGUUAGACAAUCAUGCGUUCGAAUUUCAUCAAGAAUAUGAUAACCUCGGUUUAUAUACCUUACAAGAUAAUGAAAAAUUUAAUGACGUCACAACAAUAGACUUUUUCAUGUCAACUAACAAGAGAAACUUCAAUGUUCAGUUACUACAAAAGCGUGUUCGUUUACGACUAGUUGAUAUAGGAUUAAAACCACAAGGUGCUUUAGCAUUAAACAAACUGUUUUCGAACUGGAUGAUUAAAGACACGGUUUCGGCAAUCUCCGCUAUAUAA